UAUUGCUUUUUUCAGCAAUGCCGAAAUGUUGGAGGGUAGGAGCUAGCAGGAGCCGCAGUAUUGUGCAUGCCGGAGAUAUGAAUGACAGCACGUGUAUAUGUAACUAUCGUCACAAGAUGAGGGCCAAUGCAAAAUUGAAUUAUGGAGUGACGUGUGCUCGUAAUGAAAUUAGUUAAAGUCUUUGCUAGAUAGAUUUAUUCGUGACAAGAGGGCGAGCAUAAACAUAUGACGUGGAGUUAUGUAUUUGGGUACGCCGACGAAGUCAAAAAAUCGAAAUGGUGAACGAAGCAGACGUGCAACUGCAGAAUCAUUUUUUGUUACGAAUAUGUAUUUUUAUGGGCGAGAACUAUGUUUUGUUUUGGCGAUUAUCAUCACUACGUACGCUGCACUACAAAAUGCGCCUCCAAAGAUUUCAAAAAGUCCUCCAGCAGUACCAUUUUUUCCACGUACUUCGCUAGUUGCUGACUUCUUCCAGGGUAACUUAAUGUCAGCUUUUCAACGGAUUGCCGAAUGUGAUGUCUCUUUCAUAAUGUACUAUGCUCCAUGGGAUGCCGAAAGUCAAGUAUUACGUGACCAGUUUAAGGCCAUCACUCAGUUUUACUACCGACAGGUGUACUUUGCUGCAAUCAACUGUUGGCAACCUCGAAGUGAAUGCCGUCAGUAUUUCACAAAAUUGGUACACUUUCCAGUAUUCAUAGCUUACACACAGCAUGCAAAAGGAAUACAAUAUCGGGGGCCAAAACAUGCAGCAAAUAUGGCACGUUUCUUGACAAAUGUUAUUAGACCACUUGUAAGAAUUGAACAGCCAAAUGACUUACAAGAUCUCCUUGCUCGCCAUGAUGCUGUCGUGGUUGGGUACUUUAACUUCUUGGGCUGCUUGGGGGCACCAGGCUAUCAUACUUUUUACAUGACUGCUCUGAAAUACUUGGAACAUGAUUCACAAAGGGAAGUAGCAUUUGCAGUGGUAACAAAUGCUAAUGCAGCAGCUGUAUUGGGUGUUGAAAUUCUUCCUGCAGUCAGUCUUCACCUCUGGAAUGAGACCAAGGAAUAUCCCAGAGAUGCAGAAUUUUCAUCAGAGAUGCUCAUGAAGUGGAUCCUUGAUAAUAUACACCAGGUUUCAGUCUGGUUGUCCCCACCGGGAGUGAAGAGCCUCACUCUGUCACCUUUUGUUGAAGAUGGACCAGUUUUGAUUCUAUUUGCACCACGUAAUCCACUUCAACCUCACAACUACUACUAUGAUCUGCUCAGAGAAUUUGGCUUGGAGUAUCACAACUGCAACAACAAUACACAAGUUAAUAUGCUGAUAGAAAUACUAUCUGAACAUCAGCAGGAGUCCAGGCAGAAUCUGAAGAGAUCAGUGGUUGAAUGUGAUUAUUGGUUAAAAGUGAAGCACCAUACAACUUCCUGCAACAGUGAAAAACCAAUAUGUGUUGUUGUGAAAUCUCAGUGGCUCAAUCAUAGUUUGCCUUUACAUAUUUCUCACCAUUCUGAAGCUGUGGACUACUGCACUAAAACCUGUUCAAAUGAGCCGCUUACCCAUAGCUCUGUUUUUGAAUCAUUUGCAUAUAAUACCUGUGCCCAUAGCGAAAGUGGUACUGGAUGUAAUGAAAAUUAUACUCCGAACAGUGCUCAUGUAAGCAGACCAGGCAGUGACAUCCACUCUGCCACAGAGUUGUACGGUUUCUGGAUGUGGGAGCAAUGCCGCCUCCAGCGCUGGGCGAGGAAGUUGCAUCAACCAGUUUUUCCACCUAAAAGUCCUCUGCCAAUCAGUGGAGACUCUCACAUUGGGCUGGCAUGCCGUACCAACCUCAGUCUUUCCCUAAUUGCAAUGGACAGCCUGCAGUACCGUCACUUUGCCGAAGGACUUGGUGUGGGCUCCAGUGUUGAGACAGCUGUUGUGAUCUUUAAUGCAGCUGUAGAAAGUGCAUAUGUAUUGGAAGGAAAACCUAGCAAAGGAAUGAUAGUUGAUUUUGUGUUGAAUUAUACUCAGGGUAGCUUGAAAAGGUCUCUGCGAUCCAGCCCUGAAUUUCACUGUGAUCAUGAUAAUUCUGGUCACGGACAAAAAAUAUGUAUUCCAGAGCUAACUUCACUCACAUUCCAUCAUUUUGUGAUGGAUCCUCAGGAGGAUGUUGUGCUGAUGUACCAUUCACCAUUCUGCGCCUUUUGCCAUAGUGUGGCCUAUGUUUUUCUCACAGUUGCUCGUUAUUUUAGAAGUGUCCCAAGAUUGAAGUUUGCUCGUAUUGAUGGUGAAAAUAAUGAUCUCCCUUGGCAAUUCACUGUUCAUCAUUAUCCAAGUGUACUAUUUUUUCCUGCACACAGGAAAUCGGAGAGUCGUGUAUUCCCACACAAUCUGCCGGUAACUGUGCCUAAUAUGGUAGCUUUUGUGCUAUCAAACACAGAAUAUGGCCCACGACGACUUGUAGCAGUUGCUGGUCUAUGUGCAGGCUGGGGAAGGGGAAGAGAUCCUGCAGGAGCACGUGACUGUGUUGCACGCACUCGUAGGGAAAAUUUAGCAGCUCUCGCAGCCACCCUAGCUGAAAUAAGAGCAACACUAAGACGAGGAGGCGGAGUCAGUGAGACACGUGCUGGCCGCCGUUUACUCCGCCGUUUGCAACAUUUGCGACAUCUGCAUCUACAGCUGGGAGCAGCCGAUUAUGUGACAGAUGAGCACAUUUCGAUAGCUGAAUCUACUGCUUUUCAGGAUAAACUCUGACAGAAGGCUUAGCCAUCAUCAGAGAAAUGGUCUCGGGUUAUUAAGACAGGCAUUCCAGAGUACAUAUUAAGUGGAUUGCUAUCUUUCCUGCUGACAGUACUAUAGAGAGACUGAAAUAUUAGGAUGUGUUGUUUGUUACUUCUCUGCAUGCAUGUGUCUCAAAACAAGUUAUGGCUGGAGAAAGUUUUAACAAGAAGAGAAUGGAAUGAAUUUUUAAUGUCAAUGAUGUAUACUGUGAUCAUUGGGGGACAAUUUUAGUGUUACUGUCUUGUGAAAGAGCUGUGCUUUCAUUGUGUGUGGUCGUCCUGUUGCUGUUUUCACGGUGAUAAACAUUAGUGAGUGACUUUAAAUGAUGAUAUUUUUACAUUUUUCUGAAGAAUGCGUGGAGAAUUUACAAAACUUUUGGAAUUCUAUAGGGGCCAACAUAUCUUAACGUGUUUUAAGAUAGGACAUUGGAUUAUAUUGCUAUUGGAGAUAUUUUUUUAUGAAGCGGUACUGACGGGUGCUGCAUUAAUAUUUUUCAUAGUGCUAAUGAACUAAAAGGGAUAGACUAAAGUGUUGGAGUGCUAUAUAGAUGCAUUGAUCAGUGAUUAUUGUUAUUGUUGUUAUUUUGUUUAUUAAUUUAUGGAAUGAUUUUAACUUAUUUAUCACAAUAAAUA